AUGGGCAUAGAAACUGAAAUUGCCUCAGGCGGUGGUUUAGUAUACCAGCACUCCGACACCGAAAGGUACACCCAUGUUGCUGUGGUGUCCUUCCCACCGGAAGAAUGUGGGAAUGAUUCUAAACCAUCAGUCAAUACUGAGGUAUUUGUUUAUAUGGAUUGGAUUCAGCAUGCUGUUGCAAGAAGAAAGCCUAGAACCAAACUGUGCAAACAAGAAAAAUCUGUAGCUGGAUGGAAAAGCUGGAGAAAUGAAAAAUCUAAAUGGAAACGAGAAGAUAAAUAUGAAGAUGAACACUUUUCAUCCGGAGUUGAUUCAUCUAAUACCCCGAUUGACAAAGUUUUUCGAGAGGGUGCAGAAAGCACUGGAGCCGAACAGAUUGAUCUGCCACAAGGCCCAGAAGAUAUCACUAAUAACCCCCAAAAACACAAUAAUAACCCCAAAAAUGAGCCACAUAACACUGAAAAUGACCCCAAUAACUUGAGAUAUUCCUCUCCAAAUGGGCUUAAUUUUUCUGGAUAUAAUCCUAAUUAUCCUGGAAAUCGCCCAUGGUGUGCAGCGAGUCCUGUAAUAAAUCCUAGUUAUCCUGGAUAUCAACCUCCUCAUCUAGGCAAUCAGCCUCCUUAUCCUGGAAAUUACCCUCCCAAUAAUCGCAAUUACCAACUAUAUGACCCUAAUUACCCAGGAAAUAAUAUACAUCAGCGCUUUUCAUCCGGAGUUGAUUCAUCUAAUUCCCCGAUUGACAAGUUUUUUCGAAAGAGUGCAAAAAUUACUCGAGCCGAGGAGAUUAAUCUGCCACAAAGCCCAGAAGAUAUCACUAAUAACCCCCAAAACAACAAUAAUAACUCCGAAAAUGAUCCAAAUAACACCGAAAAUGACCGCAAUAACUUGAGAUAUUUCUCUCCAAAUAGGCCUUAUCCAACCAAUCUGAAUCCUGAUCCUGUUAAUCAACCUCCUUAUCCUGGAAAUCAGCCUUCUUAUUAUGGAAAUCUAUCUCCUUAUCAUGAAAAUCAACCUCCUUAUCACGAAAAUCAACCUCCUUAUCCUGGAAAUCAGCCUUCUUAUAAUAGAACUCAAUCUCGUUAUCAUGAAAAUCAACCUCCUUAUCUUGGAAAUCAGCCUCCUUAUUAUGAAAAUCAAUCUCCUUAUCAUGAAAAUCAAUCGCCUUAUCAUGAAAAUCAGCCUCCUUAUCAUGAAAACCAACCUCCUUAUCCUGAAAAUCAACCUCCUUAUCAUGAAAAUCAACAUCCUUAUCAUGAAAAUCAACCUCCUUAUCCUGGAAAUCAGCCUUCUUAUUAUGGAAAUCAAUCUCCUUAUCAUGAAAAUCAACCUCCUUAUCAUGAAAAUCAACCUGCUUAUCAUGAAAAUCAACCUCUUUAUCAUGAAAAUCAACCUACUUAUCAUGAAAAUCAACCUCCUUAUCAUGAAAAUCAACCUCCUUAUCAUGAAAAUCAACCUCCUUAUUCUGGAAAUCAGCCUCCUUAUCAUGAAAAUCCACCUCCUUAUCAUGAAAAUCAACCACCUUAUUCUGGAAAUCAGCCUCCUUAUUAUGGAAAUCAAUCUCCUUAUCAUGAAAAUCAACCUUCUUAUCUUGAAAAUCAACCUCCUUAUCAUGCAAAUCAACCUCCUUAUAAUGAAAAUCAACCUCCUUAUCCUGGAAAUCACCCUCCCAGUAAUCGCAAUUACCUACUAUAUGACCCUAAUUACCCAGGAAAUAAUAUACAUCAACACUUUUCAUCCGGAGUUGAUUUAUCUAAUGCCCCGAUUGACAAGGUUUUUCUUGAGGGUGCAGAAAGCACUGGAGCUGAGCAGAUUGAUCUCCCUGAAGGCCCAGCAAAUAUCACCAAUAGCUCCGGAAAUGACCCGAAUAACACUGAAAAUGAGCCCAUUAACCUGAGAUAUUCCUCUCUAAAUAGGCCUUAUCCACCCAAUCAGCCUUCUUAUCCUGGAAAACAGCCUCCUUAUCCUGGAAAUCAAUCUCCUUAUCCUGGAAAUCAACCUGCUUAUCAUGAAUAUCAGCCUCCUCAUCCUGGAAAUCAACCUCCUUAUCGUGAAAAUCAACCUCCUCAUCCUGGAAAUCAGUCUCCUUAUCCUGGAAAUUACCCUCCAAGUAACCCUAAUUACCCAGGAAAUAAUAUAUAUGAACACUUUUCAUCUGGAGUUAAUUUAUCUAAUACCCCGAAUGACAAGGUUUUUCUUGAGGGUGCAGAAAGCACUGGAGCUGAGCAGAUUCAUCUCCCUAAAGGCCCAGAAAAUAUCACUAAUAGCUCCGGAAAUGACCCGAAUAACACUGAAAUUGAGCCCAAUAUACUGAGAUAUUCCUCUCUAAAUAGGCCUUAUCCACCCAAUCAGCCUCCUCAUCCUGGAAAUCAACCUCCUCAUCAUGAAAAUCAACCUCCUCAUCCUGGAAAUCAGUCUCCUUAUCCUGGAAAUUACCCUCCAAGUGACCCUAAUUACCCAGGAAAUAAUAUACAUCAACACUUUUCAUCCGGAGUUGAUUUAUCUAAUGCCCCGAUUGACAAGGUUUUUCUUGAGGGUGCAGAAAGCACUGGAGCUGAGCAGAGUGAUCUCCCUAAAGGCCCAGAAAAUAUCACCAAUAGCUCCGGAAAUGACCCGAAUAACACUGAAAAUGAGCCCAUUAACCUGAAAUAUUCCUCUCUAAAUAGGCCUUAUCCACCCAAUCAGCCUCCUCAUCCUGGAAUCAACCUCCUCAUCAUGAAAAUCACCUCCUCAUCCUGGAAAUCAGUUUUUCUUGAGGGUGCAGAAAGCACUGAAGCUGAGCAGAGUGAUCUCCCUAAAGGCCCAGAAAAUAUCACCAAUAGCUCCGGAAAUGACCCGAAUAACACUGAAAAUGAGCCCAUUAACCUGAAAUAUUCCUCUCUAAAUAGGCCUUAUCCACCCAAUCAGCCUCCUCAUCCUGGAAAUCAACCUCCUCAUCAUGAAAAUCAACCUCCUCAUCCUGGAAAUCAGUCUCCUUAUCCUGGAAAUUACCCUCCAAGUGACCCUAAUUACCCAGGAAAUAAUAUAAAUGAACACUUUUCAUCUGGACUUAAUUUAUCUAAUACCCCUAUUAACAAGUUUUUUCCAGAGGAUGCAGAAAGCACGGGAGCUGAACAGAUUGACCUCCCUAAAGGCCCAGAAAAUGUUUUUAAUGACCCCCAAAAUAAAAAUAAUAACACAAAUAACAUUGAAAAUGGCUAUAAUAACUUGAAAUAUUCUCCUACAUAUAAGCAUCAUUUUUCUAGAUGGGAACCGAAGUUUCAUGGACAUAGACCUCACUAUCCUGGAAAACGCCCAUCGUCUUCAGGAGGUUCUGUAAAGCGCCCAGGAUGUUCUGGUUGUCCUGGAAAUCAACCUUCUUAUCCUGGAAAUCAGCCUGUUGCUCCUGGAUAUUUCCCUCCAAGUAACUCUAUUUACCCACCAAAUGACCCUAAUUUCCCUCCAAAUCACCCUAUGUACCCUGUAAUUAUGAAUAUUUCUCAAUAUCCUGAUCUGUGCCCAAUUUUACCAGUUCCAUGCCCUGGACACCAAGGUUGCCCUUUAAAUUGCCCUCCUGUUCAAUGCUGCUGUGAAGGAUAUGAACCUCGAUGCACUGAACCAUGUAACGCUAAUCCUCAUUUCGAAUGUCCUGUUCACGCAUGCUGCUGUCCUGGAUUUUACAUUCUUGUAAAGUCUUCAACGUGCCAAGAUUUCGGAAGUGACACCGCCCUUUCUCCUUUUGACGCUGAAGAACUGACGGCAUCUCCGUGGCAAGGCCUGGAUCCGUCGGAGUCACCUUGCUUGAGGCGUCGAGCGGAUGGCGACGAGGAUCCUCUGGGACUGAGAACUCCUUCAGACGCUGUCGAUGGAAGGAUCACCGCACCCAUCACCUACGUUUGCAGAUUCUGCGAACGUAUAUUCAGAGGUUUGGAAGACGUGUCGGAGCACAUGGAAGCCCACGACAGGAGGGAGAACUUUGAGAUGGGCCGAGCGAAGGUCUACGGCCGACUACGAGGACACUCAUGCCAGGUAUGCGACUUGAGUUUCGCAUCGAUGAGGGGCGUCCGCAAGCACAUGGCUGUCCAAAGGAUCAAGGAUGUGCAGAGCGCCAAGUCCGAGGAGAAGCCCCGUGAGUACAUCGAGAACGGCACUUUGGUCAUCGAUCUGACGGAAUGCUGA